AUGUCCUCUGACAGGGCUGUUGUGUUCCUGUUGUUGAUAUGCAUUCUUCAAGCGUCGGCGCAGGGGCCGGCACCGGCAAAUUCCACUGAGUCAUACUCUCCGCCAGAUAGUUGUGCAACGAGCAGUUCAAGCAACGAGACUGUCCCUUGCGGUACUGAGGGGAUCUGUGUGCGCAACUACAUCUGGCCCAGCGGCAACUGGACUGGAGGCUGCUACGAUGCAACGUCGUUCAAGGAAGUGGGACAGUUCUGCUCGGCAAUGCCAGAGGACACGGGAUUCAAGUUCGACAACAAAGGCAACGUCUACUCGUGCUGCGCUGUCGCGAGUUGCGCGAAUUUCACCAUGGACACUGUGGAGACGUUGAUGAAGUUCAAGGAGGAUUACUGUAACGCAUCCCUCUGCAACUCCAAGUAUUCAGACCCCAUGUCGAUCCAGUGCGAGAGCAAGUCGAUGCAAUCCGACGUCAUCUGUCAGCCCUUCUUGAAGAUGUGCGUCCCUGCCCCGAUGGAACCUUGCGCGGCAGUUGAGAGAAACAACACGCUCCUGUCUCGCCUCUGUCACGGGAAUGACGUCGGGAAUAUGCGAUGCGAUGCGUACUGCAUGACUAAAGAUGCUUUUUUUGAUGACGGUGAUUGCAACAACGAUGGGUCAAGGGUCUCUAUCUUCAGAGCCUUCGACGAGAACAGGGACGGAGUUGUCACUAAGGCUGAAGCCAUGAGCAGAGCUUGGUUGAUCGCAAACUACACGACUGUUGUAGAAGAGAAGAAGACCAUCUGGGAUUUUGCAAGAAUGCUUCAGGAUUGCGAUCACAUCACCUUCCAAAAGUUCCUGUGGUACACAUACCUCAACCCGGCGCCACCUGUGCUGCAGGGUGACUACCAUCCGGAAUAUCUAGCCCUCCACAUCCUCAAAGUGGGAGAUAUCAACGAAGACAACGAGCUGCAGCCGAAUGAGCUGAUGACUGUCUACAACCUCACAGACAUGGAAGUCAUGCUGCUUGAGAAAUCCAACGGCAACGAGACCGGCAUCUACAUGGACAACGUCGCCCACAUCAUCCAGUCGAUCUACUCUGGUCUUGACGGAGAUGACUGGGAGAUGGAGUAUGGGUAUCCGCUACCCCUAGCCAUCAGUGCAUUCGUGAAGUUCCUGGACUUCAACGGAGAUGGCAUGAUCUCACUCAACUUCGAGGCUUCUUACGCCAUGCUCUCCAUGUCGGUGAUCGAACAGAUGGACUUGGAUGGCAACAUGAUGCUGUCUCCAGCGGAGAUCCUGCAGGCUGUGAAGUUAGCUGCGAAGAACCCUUGCAACGGUGUCGAGGUCGUGACCGAGCUCAGCGCCAUGCACUUGGUCAGCACCUUCCUCCCCAAGAAGUGCAUGUACAUCGUUCAGCCCAACUGGUUCUCCCCUCUCCCUCCUCCUCCGGUCGAGCAGCCUCCCACCUGCCAAGUCUACACCGCUCCUCUGCGGUCGCUCAGCGAGAGCUUCCAAUCCGCCGCCUCCCUGCAUCAGGCAGUUGCCGCGUCAACGGCCAUGAGGAGGAGAAGGCCCUCUUCGUCUAACCUGUUGGUCAAGGCGCAAAAGUACGGCCGCUACCACAUGGCGGAUCGCAAGAAGUACGCGCACAUGGUCGAGCAGAUGCCCAGGGCAAGGUCAGCUGUUGCAUACCCGAAAUAUUCCGCCAACAGGAAGCUGCUUCAGUUUGCGGACAACACCACCACCAGCGAGAUGUAUGACUUCCUCGUCUUCCUUCCCAUGCAGUCCUGCGACUUUGGCUCCUUCGUCUCCACUACCCUGGGGAAUGUCACGAAUCCGUUCUCGAGGACCCGUCCCCUCACACCCGAGGCGAUCCCGCAGAUCAUAUUCGACAAGCUUGACGUGAACGACGAUGGUGUGCUGACUGUUGAGGAGACGAUCUGCUUGCAGCACUCUGUGUUUGACAUGAUUGCUGGGCCCGGAAGUUCCAACAUCACAGUCGAGGAGAUGAGCAACUACAUGAACACAAAUAUCUCGUCAGUCCUAUUCAGGGAUUUCUACAUGGUUCAUCAGAUCCUUGGCAACGGCUCUACUUUCACUCCUGAAUCUCUUGCUGCCGAAACUGAUGGUGCUGUCCAGAGCUGGGUUCAGGAUCUCUACCAGCAGCUCAUGGGCAUGCCUCUCCUAGUCUACAACUUCACGGGCCACGAGAACUUCUUCCCCAAGUUCCAGGACUACCUGGACUCAGGAGUUUGGAUCCCCCAAGGUCAAACCUACCCCGGGGCCUGCGUCGGAUCCCUCAUUGCCUCCGACUGGGUGCUGACGUCGGCAUCCUGCGUCAACGAGCAGAAGACGUUGGAUCAGGUCUCGAUGAUCGACAGGAAUACUUCUCAGGUCGUCUACCGAGGUGUCAAGAUGAUGUCUGUGCACCCUGGAGCUGACUACUCCAUCGAGUUCGACGUCGCUGUCAUCCAGCUCACCUCCUCCUUCGACUUCGGACGCCCCGUCCACCUCUACGACGGCGGCGACCUUCGCUAUGACACCUGCCAUGCCCUGGCCCUCCAGGUCGCUGACGAAAUGGGCAAGACGCUCCGCCCGGUCCGUCAGGUUCAGAACGAGGCAUGCUACCACAACUUCUGGAUGAACGGGGAAGAGAAACGCGUCGCCUCCCCCUCCAUCCUCUGCACUGAGAACGCUCACCUCACGCUCGGUAGCCCCGUCGUCACCAACGUCGGGGGCAUGAAGGUUCAGGUUGGCGUCACUACCACUCAGCUCCAGGACCUCCCCACCACCAGCGUCCGCGUCUCCUCCGUCCUCCAGUGGAUCCUCAGUCACAAGGGGCUGGGCAGGCAUCCAGCUGGAGCUCUGAACCUCAAUCUUCUCAGCUUCGACCUGCUGCCCGGGGCAGUGCUCAACUUCUUCCAGGGCAACAACAGGCAGGCAAAGAAGACUGUGCUGGACUCGAACUGUGACCAGCCGCUGGCGCUGGACGACAUGAACUCUGGAACCAUCGUGGCAGAGUUCGACGGCUCCUGCCCAGAGUGCUUCAUGACAGGGUUUGAGGUUAAACUGGGCUACCUGUCCUGCCAGGAUGCCAAGAUGCAGCUGGGCUAUUGCCCAGCAGACUGCCUGGCAACGCUGCCUGUUGUGAACUUCUCUGACCCCUACAUGACUGCUCCUCCUCUGCCCGACUGCCAGAACCCGUUGUGCACGACCAACUUGACUUGGGCUCAAGUUACCGAGCUCUCGAGGAUCGGCAAGGCAUACACAGGCGGUCUUGGCCCCAUGGCUGUUCGCACUUACUACGUCAACUACGGCGUCUGGAUCUGUGUGCGCGAUUGGAAUGCGGACGAGAUGAACAACUGCGGCAUCAAGCACAAGCAGCUUGCUUGCUUCCGCUUCGAAGAGAACUCCCGUGAGUUCCACUUUGACGGAGUCAACGAGGUCGUCAAGUACGUCCCAAUGCAAAACUACAUGAUGGGUCUCGACACGGAGGCCUCCCUGAUGAAGGUUCUCCCUAACGACCUCCUCCCCUUCAAGCCGAGCAUGUAA